UGAAAUACAACGUGCGCCAUGACACCGACUCUGAAACGGGAAUGGUCACUAUGAACACACAACUUAUAGGACUAGUCAUGACAGUUAUUCUAGCUGGCUACAUCUACACGGCUCCUGUUAUGCCGAAAUUUGACCGCAAAGCAGCCGUCGGCAGCAGCGCAAGAAUGUGUUUCCUAGCCACUAUCUUCUACGUUGUCAUGACAGCGGCCCUGGGCUGCAAUAGAGGGCCGGUUGGCGGGCUGACCGAGCUGAAUUAUACUCAGCCUGCUUGUGGACAAUUCUGCGGUUGCGAUCGGCCAUGGAUGGAGUUUGCUCCCGUCUGCGUGACUGAGCAGAUGACGACGUAUUUCUCUUCGUGCCACGCCGGCUGUGCUACGACUGACACAGUCAAUAAUAUUGGGGUAUAUUCGAACUGCACAUGCGCGCCGGGCGGUUUGGUCACCAGAGGCGCGUGCGACGACGGCUCGUGUGCGAGCGCGUACAAUUUGCAUCAGAUGUUCUAUUUGCUCGUCUGCAUGGUCAGCACUCUGGCGUUCAUAUGGCAGACCACCAUAUUACUGGAGUCAGUGGAAAAGCGCGACGUAGCGAUGGCAGUGGGUGUCGCGUCGAGCGUUGUGUCUCUCGUCGCGUUUGUGGGGGCCCAUGGGUUCUACAUGGGGAUUAGCUUAUUCACAUGCGCGUUUUCCCGAGGCUCCAAGUGUAUCCUCCAAAACGACUACUUCACGCCCUGGGUAGGGUACACCAGCGCCGUCCUGGCUGGCCUGGCUUUCAUACUCACUAUCAUCUCCUGUGUCAUCCUGAGACGACAGAAGGAACCCAAGGAAGAAGACAUGGACCUUGGAUAGUGCAAGGAUAGUUUAGAUGUAAACCCUGAUCUUACUGAAGCAAAAGACUUGUGGUUUAAAGUAGCUACUUUCUUCAGAAUUUUCACUUCGCACCCUAGAUGGGCUAAUUACACCAGCGCCGCUCCUGACUGGUGUGGCUUUCAUACGCACUGUUAUCUCCUGUGUCAUUCUGAAAAGACAGAAAGACCCGAAGGAAGAAGAUAUGGACCUUGGAUAGUGCAAGAAUCUUGGUUUAGAUGUAAACUCUGAGCUUACUCCAACAAAACAAAGACAUUGUAUUUGUGGUUUAAAGUGCUUUCUUCACAAUUUUCACUUCACAUCCUGGGUAGGCUAUAUCAGCGAAGUUCUACCUGGUCUGGCUUUGAUCUCACUGUCAUCUCCUGCGUCAUUCUCAGAAGACAGAAUGAGUCGAAGGAAGAUGGAACAUUAAGAAAAAAAUAUGUGAUAAAAAAGGUGCAUUGACCUCCCAAGAAGACUUUAGUGGCAUGAGCUGUUUUAUUCUGUGAAAGUGUGUGUAUAGUGCGUAAAAGUACCUAGACUGUAGGUAUAUACAGUUGAUAAGGCGUGUUCAGAUAUUUUUGUGCGACCCGGCCGCUCAGAUAUACCUGAUGGCGAAUGUACAAUAAAAAUAGAUAGCUAAGUAUUUAAUUGGUUACCACAUAAAUAUUUAUAAAUAUUAAGUAGAUUAGAAAGGUAGGUACUGAAAGUAUCAAUUAAUCUGUAAGUACGAUAAGUAAAUUUAUAUUUUGUAUAUAAAUAUUGAACAUGAA